UGGCAGGAUGCCAUCUUCCUCGCGCACAAGCUCGGCAUCCGUUACCUGAGGAUCGACAGUCUCUGUGUAAGGCAAAUAUGAAAGAGGACUGGUUAAAGGAAGCGCUAAGUAUGCAGAACGUCUACGGUUGCGUCGCUUUCAACGUCGUCGCGGGCCGUUCCUCUAGCCCUCACGAUAGUAUAUUCCAUACGCGCGACGCGUUUCCCGCCCUUUCAGCAAUCGUCAGAUCCCGAUGAGAUAAUGAAGAACCCACAGAGUACCUUCUUUGGGAACAUUACCGGCUGCGAGGUGACUUCGACCAGGCCCCAUUGACAACCCGCGGCUGGGUAUUCGACAACUGAUGCUUGCCCCUCGGAUACUGCAGUUCGGCAAAGCCUAAGUGUACUAUGAAUGCCCAACGUUAUUUUCAUGCGAAAGCUGGCCGCAGGGCGCAUUUACCAAACGAGGGAAACCUGUAAGGUAUGGUGUCAACAUGGAUCGGUUCAACUCAUAGUUACUAGGGAUUCAGCAGAGCAGCAACUCUCCGAAACUGUUGUUCCAGUUGGAUUGUGGAAGUCCCUUGUAACUCGAUACUCGCGCUGCGAGCUGACCUAUUCAGAUGGCAUGCUCAUAGCGCUCUCUGGCGUCGCGUAGCUAUUCCAGCAGAUCACUGG